AUGUGCCCCGAGAACAGUGAGAAUGAACGGUGGCCGCUUCGUUCUAGCCGUUUUGUGCCGUUGGAUUUACACAAAAUGUUGGAGAACGAACUAAGAGUGGAAAAGCAGAAGGAAAUCACAACAGAAGAUCCAAUAACAAAGGCCAUAGGCGCAAUCGGCAAAUGGCAGAUAUGGAUUUGCUUUAUUGUCUUCCUGGUCAAGUUCCCUGUCGCCUGGCAUCAGAUGAGCAUAAUUUUUCUGGCUCCGCCCAUGAAUUUUACCUGUACCACGAGUGAUGUGUUCGACAAUGAAUGCUCGAAUUGUACCGAUUUCAAAUAUGAUCACUCAGUUUUCGGUGACACCAUAGUCUCGCAAUGGAAUCUAGUCUGCGAAAUAGAAUGGUUGAAGAAUGCUACCCAAACGAUUUUUAUGCUCGGAAUCCUUGUCGGUAACAUGGUUUUUGGACAUUUGUCUGACAGAUUCGGUAGACGUGUGCCAUUUCUCAUAGCGGUGUUCCUUCAACUACUUUCCGGAGUGACAACAGCGUAUUCUGUGAACUGGAUCAUGUUCACUACACUCAGGUUCCUCUUAGCCGUGGCCACGGGAGGAACCAUGGUCACGAGCUUCGUUCUGACCAUGGAGCUCAUCGGCGCAAAAUACAGAGAUACAGUAGGCAUCAUUUAUCAGAUACCAUUUAACCUGGGUCAUUUGUCGCUGCCUUUAUUCGGAUACUUUUUGCGCGAUUGGUACCACUUCCAACUAGCAAUCUCACUGCCAUCUGUAAUUUUCCUGAGUUACUACUACUUGCUACCCGAGUCACCACGGUGGCUAUUGACAGUUGGGAGGGAAGACGAGGCUUUGAAGAUUCUGGAAACGGCAGCAAAAAGAAACGGUCUUCCCACUGAUGGUAUAGCAGCGUACACUCAAAAGAUGGCAAUAGACGUGAAAAGCAAUCCGGCCAAUGAGAGAGCAUCGUUCGUAGCUUUGUUCAGAACUCCACGGUUGCGCGCGCGCACCAUAGCUAUUUGUUUUAACUGGUUCGUCUGUGGCAUCUGUUUCUUUGGCGUCUCGCAGUACAUUGGUCAUGUCUCUGGGAAUAUAUUUAGUAAUGUUGCUAUCUCCGCUGCUAUACUGGUACCCGGAACAAUAAUUUCUAUUUACGCAAACCAAGUCCUCGGCCGCAAGUACACUCUCAUCAGCUCAAACUGUGUAACAGGUCUGAGUUGCCUCUUGAUUCUCGUCGUCCCUAAAUCUGAGGCUAGCCACUUGGUACUGGGCUGCGCUGGUCUUUGGGGCAUGAGCAUUUCAUUCGCCACCGUCUACUUAUAUGCGGGAGAACUCUUCCCGACAGUGGUAAGGAAUUCUGGAGUCGGUCUGUCUUCUACUGUGGCUCGGAUAGGAUCUAUGGUCGCUCCGUUCAUAGCUACUUUAGGGCACAGAAGUCCAUGGCUUCCACCGAUCUUAUUUGGUAUUACACCGAUCGUGGGAGCUUGCCUCUGCUUGAUAUUACCAGACACAAGGGGGAAGAAGCUUCCAGACACAUUAGAAGAAGGGGAAGAGUGA